AUGCGGCGGCAGUUGAAGUGCGUCGGCCUGCUGCUCCUGCUGAAACUCCUGCUUGCCGCGCUCAGCCCCGUCGUCGUCGCCACCGCGCGCAGAGAGCUGCCGCUAAUGGCGGCCAUCGGCGACGGAGGGCGGCAAGACGUGAGCAGCUCAGGAACUGCGGCGACGGCGGAGGGCGGGGACGAAGAUGUGAUCGUCAGGAGGAGGAAGGAUGAGGUGGUGAACACGGACAGCCGCCGUUUCAGAAGAACCAGCAGCUGGAAGCAGAUGCCUGCUGCUUCGCCGCAGUUUAACCUCGGUGGCCGGAUGAUACCCUUCACCGCCGACUACCACUCCGUCCACAGGCACCCGCACACGCACAACUAG